AUGGCUGCGCUUACGGAAUCGCUGAAAGCGACCCAAGCCGAACACAGUCCACGCAAUUCCUCAGUCCCCCUCCUAGGCCAAGAAAUGGCAGACACCAACACAGAGGACGACGAUGUCGCCGAUGGCACCGAGUCGACCCCGAAAGGAAAGCGACGAUUGUUCAAUUUCGGCAAAAAGAAGGAAGCCGAAAGGGCUGGUAGGAAAGGUGGAAUUACCUCAGCAGCUGCUCUCGCUGGUUUAACUCCACAAGCACCUCCUCGAUCAGCUUCUCCCCACGAUCUCCAUCCCACAGACCACACGACUGCUCCAGGCUAUGGCAGCCCGCGUAUCGCCCCUGCGCUUGCCUCGCCCGGCCGUUAUCGCUCGUCAUCACCACGGCUGCACUCGCCAGCAUCCUCUCAAAUCUUCGAGCGCAACGUGCAGGAGAACAGCCUCCCAAGCGAGCUCUCACCAGCAAUACCGUCACACAUCCAGACAGAGGACCACAUCCCCGCCGUGCUCGAAGCCUCUUCUCUGGCUAUCACGGACGAUCAUCUGGGCCCAGACGAGGUCGAAAUCGUGAUGCACGCAGCGCACCAGCCCGCCUCUGCUGCCGUAGCUGGUGAGUCCCUCGUGCUGGCCACCUCACCAUCGCAAGAGGACUUUGCGCACCACCAAGACUACGACGACGGCGCAAGCAACUACGGCGCUCUCGACAACGCGGACGUCAGACGUCUAAGCUUCAUCUCUUUCGCCGAUGUUGUCCACGCAGAGCACGCUGAGACGCAUCGGGAAUCUCUCCACUUGACGAGUGGCUCCCUCCCAAGCGUCAACCGCUCGCCCUCGCCCGUGCGCUCGCCCGGCUCCUCUCACGGCAUCUCUCCGCCGACGAGCGGCACACCGUCUAUGAAGGGCGUGGGGUUGGACACCAAGGCUCCACGGAGCCCGACGGGCCAGGGCUCGCACAGUCCGCCGCUGCAGAGUGGAGGGGAGCUGAUGGUCGAGACGAUGAGACAGGCGCUAAGGAAGACUGGGAGCGGUGACCUGAGCAUCGCGAGGAGUCAGCCGAUGAGCGCUGUCAGCUGGGAUGAGGCUCCGGUGAGCGAGCGGGCGCCGUUUAGGUAA